GAAACUAAAUGCCUAAUACAUGGACUUUCCCAAACACCCCUACCGUUUCAUCAGAAAUGGACUGUUCCAAAAGUUCGCACUGGGGUUGCUAGGUUACGGAGCGGGAGAGAGAACCGUAUAGCGGAGUUGGCUGCACGUUGUAGAUAGUUUAUAGACCGAAACAGGUGGAUUAAGUGCCAAAUUAUUGAAGUGUUUAUUGAUUAUGUAUACGUGUGCGUGUAUGACGAUAACCACACAUUUCUUAUUCAAUAAACAAACCAACAUUUCUUGAGAUAUCGUUGUCUUGACCAGCAACCUGUAGCCUUCAGCAAUCCAACCAGUGGUUGAAAAAGAGAUUUUACAUGGUCCUUCGAGCCGGAUGCUGACUGGCUACAGAGAUGUCUCAACCAAGGAAAGAAGCACCUGUUGUACGUCCACGACGACAAGUUAAACCCCCAGCUCAUUUGGUAGAUUACGAGCUUGGUGAUCCAUUACAGCAUCUACAGCCACUCCCUAUGACAGGGCGAAUCAGAGUACAGCCCCCAAGCAAUGCAGAUAAUUCCAGAUCGACUUCGCUUAUUAGUCAGGUGGCAGAGUAUGAGAAAUGGAGAUUAGAAGAUGAGUGGUAUGCGUCUGAUGAACAAGGAGAAGAUGUCGAGCUUAAAGCUAUGUUACGUACAGUGCAGAAUGAUAGCGCAGAUUUACGUCGUCAAACUAGUCAGCUGCCAUUGAUCAUGUCGGCAUUACAGGAGAUGCGAAUGCAGAAUGCCAUGUUACAUCAGGAGCUACAAAGCCUGAAAGCAGAACAGAGAGCUCAGUCAGUAAUACCACCACCCGCAUCCUUCGUUCCAGUGGCUAGUCCAGAGACCUCAUACUCAUAUCAUCCAGUGCCAGCACCACGGACAAGAGCGCCACCACCUGCUUCCAUGAGAGCACUGCACCCAGUUCAAAAGGACGAGUACACUGACUUAACUGAGGACUUCAGGAAUUUAGACAUUUCUUCCUUCGCUCACGAGAGAGUACAAUCACGAGUACGACACAGCAGUCCGUUUCAACCCAGAUAUCCCCCAUCUUCUCAGCACAUCUCAUCUCAUCAGUCAAAGUUUGAGACUCCAGUACAUGAGCAAAUGCCACCUGCUCUUCCAAAUAAGACUCAAGAUGUUAGUCAGCCUUCAUUUACACAGGAGAAAACAUACAAGGGCCCUGCUCCAACCAUUCCCUUUCUAACAUCUGCUGAUCCUAGACAAUUCUCUAGACUAAAAAUAGCCCUUGAGAACAUUCUGCCUGAGGAUGCCACCGAGCAUUUCAAAUUUCAGAUACUUACUGACCACCUGAAGCUGGAGGAGGCACUUCUUGUGUCAGAUUCAUACAGUAAUUCAAGGUUUCCUUUUACUAAUACCAUGAGAGCACUAAACAAAAUGUACGGUCAACCCCACCAGUUAGCCUUACAACGCAUCGCAGAUCUGAUGGAUGGACCAAACAUUCGUAGCGGUGAUGUGAAAGCUUUCCGGCUGUUUGGACUCCAUGUACGCUCAUUGGUUAGUAUGUUGGAACAACUUGGCCAGAAUGGAAUGACUGAGCUGGAGUGUGGAUCACAUGUUUCCAGACUUAUGAGCAAACUACCACAUGACCUCAGGUCCAGUUUUAAGAGGUACAUACAUCCUCUGGGAGUUACCAUUCCUACAUUACUGGACUUCGCCGAAUGGCUUGAGUACGAGCUUCAGGUUCAGGAAGACCACACUGAUUACAGCCCGCAACUCAAACAAGUGUCAUCGGUUCAGAGAAAGGAAAUGAGGAAAGAGUAUAAGCAAAACCGCAAACCCACUGCCAUUUUCCUUGGAACAGAGAAACCAAAGGCUGCUUCUGCAUCACCAGCUGAUCAGAGACCAACUGCUGCUAAGAGAGAAUGGGUGAAUGCUUACUGUGCAUACUGUGAUAACAACAGACAUUACCUGAAUAACUGUGAGAGCUUUAAGUUACUAAGCAAAGAACAGAAAGUGACAUGGAUUAGGAGCCAGAAUAGAUGCUGGCGCUGUGGACGCGGUCACCAAGCAGCUUACUGCACUCUGAAAGUUCUCUGUCAAACCUGUAACAGAAAGCACUUGGUUGCACUACAUGAUGUAAAUGAGAAAGGUAGAGAAACAGAAGAAUCUGUUCCGACCAGUGCAGUACUAUAUGUUGAUCGUCCCACCUGUGACAACAAGAUUCUGUUAAAAGUGACCAAAGUUUUGCUCAGAAAUGGCAACAAAGCUAUGGAGGCUUAUGCUGUACUUGAUGAUGGGUCAGAGCGAACCAUUAUCCUAAAUGAUGCAGUACAGAAGCUAAAACUGAAGGGACAGCCAGAGGACUUAGCCCUUCGCACAGUCAGGCAAGAGACACAGACCCUUCACGGGGCGGCUGUAACAUUCACAGUGUCUUCAAUGGAUAACCCUCGUAAGGUUUUCAGGAUUCGGAGUGCCUUUACAGCUGAUAGCCUGGGACUAGCGGAGCACACCCACCCAGUAAAGGUACUUCAGAAAAGAUACAAACACCUUGCAGGUCUGCCGCUUCAGCAUUUUCACAAUGUGAAACCUGUGAUUCUUAUCGGUUCUGACUGCCCUCACCUCAUAACACCCAUAGAACCAGUCAGACUAGGCCCACCGGGUGGCCCUGCUGCUGUGAGAACACGCUUGGGAUGGACAUUACAGGGUCCAGCACAAGAUAUAACAACCAGAUUUUCCCCACAGCAUUGUCUCUUCACUAGCCUGCGACCCAUUGACAGCCUGUAUGCUGAUGUGGAGAAACUGUGGAAAAUGGACAUCCUCCCAUUUCAGAGUGAGAAAGUACUAACAAGGUCACGACAAGACCAGGAGUCCAUACAGCUACUCCAAGACAAAACAGUGAGAGUAGACGUUGAUGGAGUCCAGCGAUAUGCAACCCCUCUGCUACGUGUUAAGAACAUGCCAUUCCUUCAGGCACCCAAAGAAGCUGUACUGCCACAAUUACGGGGAAUUGAAAAUCGGUUGGAAAGAAAACCUGAUCAAGCAGCAGCAUACCAGGAAGAGAUAGUCAGGUUACAGAAAGCCGGCUACAUCAUGAAACUCAACCCUGAGCAGGUGAAACAGUCCAAGGAAACUUGGUACAUACCACACCAUAUGGUAGAGCAUAAUGGAAAGAACAGGGUCGUAUUCAACUGUUCAUUCACAUACAAAGGCCAAAAUUUAAAUGAGUUCUUGCUACCUGGUCCAACACUCAGUCCUUCUCUCCUGGCAGUUCUACUACGUUUCAGAGAACAUUCCAUUGCAGUUAGCAGCGACAUUCGUGGUAUGUUCCAUCAGGUGCGCCUUCUGCCUGAAGACAAGCCGCUGCUGCGAUUCCUAUGGAGAGAUUUACAGAAAGAUAAACCGCCAGAGGUAUAUGAAUGGCAAGUGCUUCCCUUUGGAACUACAUGCAGUCCCUGCUGUGUUACAUUUGCUUUACAGAAGCAUGUUCAGGAUCACAGUGAGUCCAUAGACACACAGGUUUCCGUGGAGAAAUCUUUUUAUGUUGACAACUGCCUUCAAAGCUUCGUCUCCAGUGAAAUGGCCAAAGACCUAGUAGACAGACUCCGCAGCCUCUUAAGCUCGGGAGGCUUUGACUUAAGGCAGUGGGCGAGCAAUGAUCCAUCAGUAAUCAGUCACUUACCAGCUGACGUUCAAUCCCAAAGCAGUAUUCAGUGGCUUAGUGAAGGUCAUCAGAACGCACAGGAGUCAACUCUUGGUUUGCACUGGCACUGUUUAUCAGACACCUUGUCAUAUAAACCUCGCAAUCUUGACCACUCCCCACCUACAAUGCGGAGCAUCUACCAUGUUCUAGCCAGCCAGUAUGACCCCAUUGGCUACAUUGUGCCAUUUACUACACGAGCCAAAGUAAUUGUGCAGAGAUUAUGGGACAAGAAGAGAGAGUGGGAUGACCCUAGAUUGCCUGAGGAACUGUUAAGCUCAUGGAAAGCCUGGGUGAACGAGCUGGACGAAUUACAAAACAUCAACUGGCCGAGGUGUUACUGUAGCAAAGAGCUCGAUCAUCAUACUAGUGUGAGGCAGAUUCAUAUUUUCUGUGAUGCUUCAGAGCAAGCUUACGGCUCCGUAGCAUACCUGCGGACGGAAGACCAGGGUAGAGUGGAAGUAGCCUUUGUCACCGCCCGAUCCCGUGUAGCUCCUAAGAAACAGCAAACCAUUCCUCGCUUGGAGCUAUGCGCCGCUCUGACUGGCGCACAACUUGCAAAAGUUUUGAGAACAGAGCUAACUUUGCCUAUCCAAAGCAUUACUCUGUGGUCUGAUUCCACAACUGUGCUUAACUGGCUUCUGUCACAAUCUUGCCGAUUCAAAGUGUUUGUAGGCACCAGAGUGGCUGAAAUACAGGAGCUCACGGAGUCUGAUACCUGGAGGUAUGUGCCUUCACAGGACAACCCUGCAGAUGACAUCACGAAAGGUAGAUCUAUCCGUGACAUAGGCCGUGAAAGCAGAUGGUACAGUGGGCCCAAAUUUCUUAGCCAAACAUCUCAUAGCUGGCCAGAGAUGCUGUCGCUAACCACCACUAAUCAUGACAAUGAACUGAGAAAGUCAGCCUUUUGUGGUUUAACAACUUCCACUGUGCCUACCCCAGACCUGCAGCAGUACUCAACCUAUACAGAUUUGCUAAAGGCCUAUAUUCAACAUGCCAAUACACCAACAGCAGAUGACUAUAAAGGAGCAGAGCUGGCAGCUCUUCGUAAGAUUCAAACUGACUCCUUCGCAGAGGAACUGUCAUGCUUAAGAGCAAACAAACCCUUGCCAAAACAUAGUCGACUGUUAUGCUUAGCUCCUGUAUUCGAUGAUGUCAUAGAACUUAUACGUGUUGGUGGCCGCCUCCGUCAGAUCAGCCAACUGGAAGAAGAUGCCAUUCAUCCUAUCGUCCUUGACUCACGCCACCCAAUUACCAAACUAAUAAUCAAAGAAUAUGACAAUCAAUUGCAUCACCCAGGGCCAGACAGGGUGUUUGCUGAGCUUCGAAGAAAGUACUGGGUGUUACGGGGACGAGCAGCAGUCAAAAGUCAUCAACGGCAAUGCACAGAGUGUCAAAGAUGGCGGGGACAACCACACCCUCCCAAAAUGGCAGAUCUUCCUCAGGCCAGAUUAAGGAUCCAUCAACCAGUAUUUUAUUCCACGGGUGUAGACUGUUUCGGACCUUACACUAUAAAAGUGGGACGUAGGAAUGAAAAGAGAUGGGGAAUCAUUUUUAAAUGCAUGACCUCACGGGCAGUCCAUAUUGAUAUACUUACCAGUAUGGACACAGAUUCCUUCUUGAUGGCCCUACGGAGAUUCAUAGCCAGACGCGGCAAACCCUUUGAGCUCUUGGCAGACCAGGGUACCAAUUUCAGAGGAGGAGAAAGAGAACUAAGAGAAUCGUUUAUGGCUCUUCAUCCUGAGUUACAAGCUCACCUCGCCAGCCAGCAGAUAAGAUUUCUCUUUAACCCACCCAGUGCACCUCACUUCGGAGGAUGCUGGGAGAGAGAAAUACGUUCUCUAAAGGCAGCGCUUCAAGUCACACUUGGGGCCCAGACGGUCAGUGAAGAAGUACUGAGAACAGUCCUUAUAGAAAUAGAAGGUAUUCUCAACUCCAAACCCAUUGCCUACACCUCUUCUGACAUUGCGGAUCCAGACCAAGUAACUCCAAACCUCUUGUUGAUGGGGCGGCGGGAUGCCUCAUUACCUCAAGUCACAUACCAUGAUUCUGAACUCUUGAGCCGUAGAAGAUGGAAGCAUAGUCAGCUCCUCGCUGAUCACUUUUGGAGACACUUUAUUCGUCACUACUUACCAAACCUUCAGAUUAGGCAGAAAUGGAAAACAGGAGGACCUGAUCUGCAGAUUGGAGAUACCGUUAUGAUCAUAGACCAGCAAUUGCCACGUGCUUUGUGGCCUGUGGGAAAGGUUGUUCAGGUACAUCCUGGAGCUGAUAAGAGAAUUAGAUCGGCAGAGAUACAGGUGAAAGACAAAACUUACACCCGACCUGUAGCCAAGUUAGUAUGUCUGCCCCCUCUCCAUGAUUAACUCCCAUCCUGGACUGAUAGAAAGAUGAGCCACUUUUAUGAAUCAAAUUCACAAGGUGAAUUUGGGGGCGGCUGUAGAAACUAAAUGCCUAAUACAUAGACUUUCCCAAACACCCCUACCGUUUCAUCAGAAAUGGACUGUUCCAAAAGUUCGCACUGGGGUUGCUAGGUUACGGAGCGGGAGAGAGAACCGUAUAGCGGAGUUGGCUGCACGUUGUAGAUAGUUUAUAGACCGAAACAGGUGGAUUAAGUGCCAAAUUAUUGAAGUGUUUAUUGAUUAUGUAUACGUGUGCGUGUAUGACGAUGUAAGUAAUUAUAUAUGUAUAUAAGUAACUUUAUAGGACGUUUACAUAUUAUAGUUAUGAUUGGUGUGAUAACAUGCAGAUGUUUACACUCUAAAUAUUAUUCGAUGAUAUCCAAUCAACUAUUACUUCAUCCAGUUAGCAUUCUUGUUAUGUGUAUAUGUUUAUAUUUAUUCAUUUAAAAUCAUAAAUGCUUCUUUACAUGUUAACAAUGCACAUGCGCUCUAAGUUUUGCAUAAUAGCAGCGCCAUUGCACGUGCACGGCAGAGACGAGCACGUGAACUGUGCAUGCACAUAAAUAACACACUUUCUACAUGUUCGUGUUUAAGUUUCAUAAUAUAAGUAGUUGUAAUUAUAGUAUAAAUGCAGAGUUGUUGUGUUUUAGUUGUUAUUCAUUAUUAAUCUGUUUACUAGUGGAUUAUUUAACCGUUGUAAUAUUUACAUAUUCAUGUUUGUACUUUAUUUAUGUUUCAGAACCACACAUUUCUUAUUCAAUAAACAAACCAACAUUUCUUGAGAUAUCGUUGUCUUGACCAGCAACCUGUAGCCUUCAGCAAUCCAACCAGUGGUUGAAAAAGAGAUU